UAUUCAACUGUACUGUCCACAAAUUUCUAUAAUUGAUUGCGACAAGUCAACACGCCCAAGAUGGCUGCUCCUCCCGGAAUGACACCGCAGCAAAUGGCGGCAUUUCAACAACACAUGCAACAGCAAGUCGCCACUGAAGCCGCAAAAAGAGGAAUGACACCAGAGGCCUUUGUGAAAAUGCAGCGAGAACAGGUUGCCGCCGAAGCAGCCAAACAUGGAUUGACUCCGGAACAAUAUGUGCAAGGGUUGAGGAUGAGGGCUUUACAACAACGUGCCGCCGCUCAACAAGCCGCGCAGCAAGGCCAACCAGGGCAGGCGCAAGCACAACAAGGAGCACCUGGACAACCUCCUCAAGGAGCGGUUCCACAGCAACAGAUUCAAAAGCAGGUUAACGUUAAUCCCAACAACCCUCCAGACCCGAAAGCUAUCGCGUUAGCAAAAUGGUUGCGGACACAGGAUUUGAAGACUCGCACAUGUAUCUUGGAUGGGCAACGAAAGGACAUGUUCAAAGUCAAACGUGCAAUCCGAGCCAUCGAGUCUCCAGCAUAUGCAAAAGCCGCAGCCAAGAGCAAAGGGCUCUUACCUCCCGUCACAGAUCGAGCAUCGGCAGAAAACGUGUUCAAGCUCCUCCCUCUAUCAUUAUUAGCAUUACGGGUUACCAAAAUAGAUCCACAUGCCGGCCACAACCACGGCAAAACAAAGCGAGUAAAGGGAUUAUGGACCGUUAAGAUCGAGCAACACCAAGAGACAGAUCCAAUGAUGCACUACGUGUUUUUAUACGAAGGGUCUCAAUGGAAGCAGAAAGCGAUGGCUAUUGGUGUGGUUCUUGCCAUCUUUGCCGUUGUCUUGUUCCCACUAUGGCCUAUCGUGUUGCGUCAGGGUGUUUGGUAUCUUAGUGUUGGUAUGAUGGGUUUGUUAGCUGCGUUCUUCGCCAUGGCGAUAUUCCGACUUGUCCUAUUCUGUGUCACUGUGUUUGUUGUUCCACCUGGGUUGUGGCUUUUCCCGAACCUGUUCGAGGAUGUCGGAUUCUUUGACAGUUUCAAGCCUCUGUGGGGUUGGCAAGAGAAGAAGAAAAAGAAAGUGAAAUUAUCCAAGAAGGCAAAAUCUGCCCCUUCAGCUGACGCUCAAGGCACAUCUGAGAAAGCCAAAGAUACCGCUGCUCCAGCUCCAGCUCCUGCUACUGCUCCGAGCAGGACUGCCCCUGCAGCGACGGACCACUCAUCUAAACGUAGCCUUGCAGCAAGCGUUGAGGACGCCGAGGAGUAGUAAAGACCAGUUCAAAGCUUUUCAUAUAUUUUGUAUUCCUUCGCGAAACGUGUAUGUCAUUCCCCAAAAAAGCCAUGGUUCCCAUUAUAAACUGGUACUUUCUCUCAUGUGUUUUGCUUGUUUUGUAUUCACAUUUUCCCGCUUCGGUAUGAGCGGCAGGGUAUGAUCAGCGCGUUUCUUGAUUUCUGGUUGCACUAUAUCAGUUAUAUUCAGAUAAUGGUAUGUUACUCCAAUUUUUCCGUAU